CAACACCACUCUCGGCUCCCUACCCUCGUUUUUGGACCCGUUCUACCAUCUUCACAACACUCGCUGAUUGUGUUUUGAAUUCUACGCUCCGGAGUCACCCUCGUGUUUUUCUUGCAUUCCACAGCGUGUUGUUUGGCCGCUGCCCCUUGCCAACCGCUUCUAUCGACCUCAACAUCACGACUCUCGUCCCCACCAUACUCCGCUGGUCUCCCUGGUAGUUUACGCUCGCUCGGCGCUCCCUAGGGGACGCAUUUGCCCACAAUGGCACACCAGCAGCCCCUAACGGGCGGCCACAUGCCUCAAUAUGCGCAACCCUCGCUGCCCGCGCUCCCACCACAUCUGCAAUCCGAUACCCACCUGACGGCUCACCUUGCGAGCCGCUUCCACGCACAUCUUCCUGUCGCCAAUCUCUCGUCGCACGCCAUAAUAGCACUAAACACCUACACAGACUCGUCACUAGGCCCAGAUGGAGGGAAAGAGGGCAGUGCAAUGGCCGCGGCCGAAGAACUUGCUCUUCGGGCGUGGACUCGGCUGGGUCAUCGCUCUGAAAGCCAGGCUGUCGUUUUCCUUGGUGAAUCAGGUGCUGGCAAGACUACCAUCCGCGCCCAUCUUCUUACAGCCUUGCUCAACUAUUCGUCGACGCCUCUGUCGAGCAAGUUGUCGUAUGCUGCUUUUGUCUUCGACACGCUCACAACCACGAAAUCUCUCACAACCCCACGGGCCUCCAAAUCAGGUCUCCUGUUCGAACUGCAAUAUGAAACAUCCACCUCCAUGCGUCCCACGUUGCUGGGUGGCAAAAUUCUAGACCACAGGCUCGAGAGGAGUCGUGUUGCUUCAGUCCCCACUGGAGAGCGAAACUUCCACAUCCUCUACUACCUUCUUGCUGGGACUAGUCCUGCAGAAAAGGCUCACCUGGGUCUUGAUUCGGUUGGAACUGUAGCGAACGAAGCGGGCGCCAGAGCAUCGAUGACCGGUGGUCAGAAGCGCUGGCGAUAUCUCGGCCACCCGACCCAGCUGAAAGUCGGCAUUGACGACCACGGAGGUUUCCACCACUUCAAAACAGCGCUGAGGAAACUUGAGUUUGGCCGCAACGAAAUUGCUGAGAUUUGUCAAGUCUUGGCGAGCAUCCUUCACAUCGGACAACUGGAAUUCGUCAAGAGCCAAUCUACAUCGCCUGCUGGUGCAGAUAGCGGCGGGUACUCCCACGAGGGAGGAGAGGAUGUUACCACCGUCAAGAACAAGGAUACGUUGAAUCUGGUCGCAGCAUUCCUAGGCGUGAGCUCGCAAGCUCUUGAACAGAGUCUUGGAUACAAGACGAAGACGCUAUAUAGGGAGCGUGUGACUGUCAUGCUCGACCCUCGAGGUGCACGCAGUAACGCCGACGAACUUGCCCGAACGCUGUACUCUUUGCUCGUCGCCUAUGUCAUCGAGCAGAUUAACCUAAGGACUUGCGCCAUGGAGGAGACUGUUGCCAAUACCGUAUCCAUUGUUGAUUUCCCUGGCUUUGCCCAAGUAUCCGCCACUGGUUCAACUUUGGAUCAGCUUCUCAACAACGCGGCUGCCGAGUCACACUUCAAUUUCUGUCUGCAGAGCUUCUUUGGUCGCAAAGCUGAAGACAUGGAAGCGGAAGAUAUCAACGUCCCGAUGACUGAAUACUUCGACAACACAGAAACGGUUAGAGGACUGCUCAAGCCCGGUAAUGGUUUACUCGGCAUUUUGGACGACCAGAUGCGACGCGGAAAGACGGAUGUGUCCUUCCUGGAGUCGCUCCACAAGCGUUUCGAUGGGAAAAAUAAGUCCAUUGUUGCGGGCAGCCUCACAGCCGUCCUCCCGGGAAGCAAUUUCCCUACUAAGAACAAUGCCGCGAGCUUUACUGUACGGCACUUCGCCGGAGAUGUUGAUUACUCGAUCGAAGGGUUGCUUGAGGAAAACGGUGAAGUCAUCUCUGGUGAUCUGAUGAACCUCAUCAAAUCCACCCAGACUGAUUUUGUUCGUACAUUAUUCGGCCAGGAUGCUCUCAAAACGGUCACGCAUCCAAAGGAAAAGUCCGCCAUUGUGCAAGCAUCUGUUAGCUCAAAGCCUAUGAGGAAGCCUAGCAUGGCAGCGCGUAAAGGUGGUCGACCAGAAAGACGAGGAACGCGAAAAGCCUUGCCAUUCGACGAAGAAACGUCUGACCAUGACUCCAAAAGCAUGAUCAGCAAUCCCAACGGUGGGGAGACUGCUGGUAAACAACAGGGCGCGGCUGCGCAGUUCUUGUCCUCCCUGAACAACAUUACGAAAUCACUCGGUGCCAGUGGAGUCAACUCCUAUUUCGUUUUCUGCUUGAAGCCAAACGACCGGCGAAUCGCGAACCAAUUUGAUAGCAAAUGUGUACGAACCCAAGUACAGACUUUCGGCAUCGCCGAAAUAAGUCAGCGACUACGAAACGCCGACUUCAGCGUCUUCCUUCCGUUUGCUGAGUUCCUCGGUUUCACCGAAGGUGACACAGUAGUAGGCAGCGAGCGUGAAAGGGCCGAGAUGAUCCUAGAAUCGAAGCCGUGGCGAGACAAUGAAGCUAGGGCAGGAUCUACGGGAGUCUUCUUGAGCGAGAGGUGCUGGCUAGAAAUCGCCAACAUUGAUGACAUUACCUUACCUGCACGCGCAGUAUCGACCGACGACGGAGAGGGCUUCCUUACCCCAGGAAAUGCUGCUAGAGGAUUUGGUGACUCUCGAGUCCGUCUCUUGAACUCUAAUGGCAACUCGCCGGGCGCCUUUUAUCACGACGACAAAGCUGGAAACUACUUUGGUAGUCAUGACGUUGAUGCUCGAUCGGAAGCGCCGUCCGGGAUUACGAAUGGCGGCGACAUGUUCCGCGACCUUGAAACCCGGAAGGAAAUAGACGAAAAGGUCCAAGAGAAAGAGCUCGAGGAAGUCGACGUGGUGCCCACAUCUGGUAGCCGCAAGCGCUGGAUGUUUGUGGUCUGGUUGUUGACCUGGUGGAUCCCUGAUAUCCUCGUCAAGUGGAUCGGCAAAAUGAAGCGGCCCGAUGUUCGAACCGCAUGGCGUGAGAAGGUUGCCAUCAAUUUCCUCAUCUGGCUCAGCUGCGCUCUGGUGGUGUUCUUCAUGAUAGGCUUUCCCGAACUGAUUUGUCCGACUCAGCACGUCUAUUCAACCGCGGAACUCACAUCGUUCAAUGGGAAAGGAGGCCAUAGCUCUUACAUUGCCAUGCGUGGUAUUGUCUACGACCUCGGAUCAUUCAUGCCUCACCACUAUCCAUCAAUCAUACCACAAACCAGUCUCAAGAAGUACGCUGGCACCGACGCAACCAACCUAUUCCCUGUCCAGGUUUCCGCUCUCUGCGAUGGUGCCACUGGCAAAGUGGAUCCAGCUGUGCAACUGAACUACAAGAACACCAACUAUACGAGCUCCGUUAACCUUAUCAGCACAACUGACAACAAUGCACGAUACCAUGACUUCCGAUGGGCCACCAACGAUUCUCGUCCAGACUGGUGGUAUGAGCAACAGAUCUAUCUAAAGUCGAACUACAUGAAGGGCAGAGUUGGUUUUAGUCCUACGUAUCUGAAGACGUUGUCGAAAAAGGGUAACUCCAUCGCUUACAUGUACAACAAGGUUUAUGACUUUACUUCGUAUAUCCCAGGAGGUCGCAGAGCUGAAUUUCCCAUUGGUACAGACGCCCACAGCGUCGAUACCAAUUUCAUGUCGCAGCCCGUUAUCGACCUGUUCCAACAGCGGUCGGGUAACGAUGUCACGAGGCUCUGGGAAGCAAUCGAUCUGCCAGUCGACGAAAAGAACAGGAUGAAGGUCUGCCUUGACAACCUGUUCUAUGUAGGAGAUCUGGACACGCGAAGCUCUACCAAAUGCCUCUUCGCCAAGUAUCUUCUUCUCGCCAUCUCUAUUCUUCUCGUUAGUGUCAUCGGAUUCAAAUUCUUGGCAGCUCUUCAAUUCGGAAAGAAGAAUUUACCGGAGAAUCUCGACAAGUUCAUUAUUUGCACUGUCCCAGCGUACACCGAAGACGAGGACUCGCUGCGUCGUGCUAUCGAUUCAGCCGCCAGGAUGAAGUAUGAUGACAAGCGCAAACUCUUGGUCAUUAUCUGCGAUGGAAUGAUUAUUGGUCAAGGCAACGACAAGCCAACUCCCCGCAUCGUGUUGGACAUUCUCGGCGUUUCUGAAACCAUGGACCCUGAACCCCUCAGCUUCGAGAGUUUGGGCGAAGGUAUGAAACAGCAUAACAUGGGUAAGAUAUACUCGGGUCUCUACGAAGUCCAGGGACACAUUGUACCUUUCUUGGUCGUUGUCAAGGUCGGAAAGCCUUCCGAAGUAUCCAAGCCUGGAAAUCGUGGCAAGCGUGAUUCUCAGAUGCUUUUGAUGCGCUUCUUGAAUCGAGUCCACUACAACCUUCCCAUGACGCCCAUGGAGCUCGAAAUGCACCAUCAGAUCCGCAACAUUAUCGGAGUCAACCCCACAUUUUACGAGUUCCUACUUCAGAUUGACGCUGAUACAGUCGUGGCUCCCGACUCGGCCACGCGAUUCGUUGCGGCAUUCCUUCACGAUACUCGGCUGAUUGGCAUUUGCGGUGAAACGUCUCUUACCAACGCCAAAUCGUCCCUCGUCACCAUGAUGCAGGUCUACGAAUACUAUAUCUCCCACAACCUUACCAAGGCCUUCGAGAGUCUGUUUGGGUCCGUCACUUGUCUUCCAGGUUGUUUCACCAUGUACCGGAUCCGCGCCGCCGAAACUGGAAAACCCCUCUUCGUUAGCAAGGAAGUCGUCGAGGCGUAUUCAGAGAUUCGCGUCGACACUCUUCACAUGAAGAAUCUGUUGCAUCUUGGCGAAGAUCGAUACCUUACAACGCUACUCCUCAAACACCACUCCAAGUACAAGACGAAGUACCUCUUCCGAGCACAUGCUUGGACCGUGGCCCCGGAUAGCUGGACUGUGUUCAUGUCUCAACGUCGUCGCUGGAUCAACUCGACUGUGCACAACCUCAUCGAGCUUAUCCCCUUGCAACAGCUUUGCGGAUUCUGCUGUUUCAGUAUGCGCUUCAUUGUCUUCAUCGAUCUCCUGUCGACCAUUGUCCAGCCUGUGAUUGUGGGUUAUAUCGUUUACCUCAUCUAUUUGGUGAUCCACAAUCCAAAUGUCAUUCCUGUGACAGCCUUCAUUCUGCUCGGCGCUAUCUACGGUCUGCAAGCUAUCAUUUUCAUCUUGCGACGCAAAUGGGAGAUGAUAGGCUGGAUGAUUAUCUACGUCCUCGCAACACCCGUUUUCGCCUGCGGUCUCCCCCUUUACGCUUUCUGGCACAUGGACGAUUUCUCUUGGGGCAACACGCGUGUUGUCACUGGUGAAAAGGGUCAAAAGAUUGUUAUCACCGACGAGGGCAAGUUCGACCCCACCUCGAUUCCUCACAAGAAAUGGGAAGAAUAUCAGGCCGAUCUGUGGGAAGCCCACACCAUGCGUGAUGACGCAUCGCAGGUGUCCGGUGUCUCCUAUGGUACGAAACGUUUCAUGCCAGGCCCUGGUUCUGUUGCUGGCUCGGACUAUGGAUACCCGCCGUCGAGGCCAAUGUCGCAACUAGACCUGCCGAGGUUUGGAAACAAUUCACGAAUGAGCCUUGCACCCAGCGGGCUUGGGUAUUCGGAUAUGGAGAUGGCGGAUCUGAAUCUCCCAGCGGACGACCUCAUCCUAGCGGAGAUCAGGGUCAUUCUUUCCAAUGCAGACCUGAUGCAGGUUACAAAGAAAUAUGUAAAGAAUGAGCUGGAGCGGAGGUGAGUCUUUCUAUCAGUUUUUAGUCUCGUAUCACUUUUACUAACAUCAAAGCUAGAUUCAAUGUGGAUCUGACGC